GGGAUUAAAAAUAAAAUAAAAACAUAGGACAAAACACACAUCACGACAAGAGAGACACCACAACACUACAUAAAGAGAGACCUAAGAUGACAACAUAGCAUGGCAGCAACACAUGACAACACAGCAUGGUAGCAACACAUGGUAGCAGCACAAAACAUGGUACAAGCAUUAAUGGGCACAGACAACAGCACAAAGGGCCAUAAGGUAGAGACAACAAUGCAUCACGCGAAGCGGCCAGAACUGUCAGUAAGCGUGUCCAUUAUUGAGUCUUUGAAUGAAGAGAUGGAGAUAAAACGGUCCAGUUUGAGUGUUUUUUGCAGCUCGUUCCAGUCGCUAGCUGCAGCAAACUAAAAAGAGCCGCGACCCAGGGAUAUGUGUGUGUGCUUUGGGGACCUUUAACAGAAUGUGAUUGGCAGAAUGAGGGCUGCAGUCGGUAUCUCAGAUAGGGGGGAAUGAGGCCUAUAAGAAGGUUUUUAUAAAUAAGCAUCAACCAGUGGGUCUUCAAAUCAAAUUUGAUUUGUCACAUACACGUGUUUAGCAGAUGUUAUUGCGGGUGUAGCGAAAUGCUUGUGUUUCUUGCUCCAACAGUGCAGUAAUAUCUAACAAUUUCACAACAAUACACACACAUUUAAAGUAAAGGAAUGAAGAAUAUAUAAAUAUUGGGUGAGCAAUGUCAGAGCGACAUAGACUUAGUUACAGUUGUAUAGGAUAAAAUACAGUUGAUGCAUAUCAGUCUCUCUGUCCCAGCUUUGAUGCACCUGUACUGACCUCGCUUUCUGGAUGAUAGCGGGGUGAACAGGCAGUGGCUCAGGUGGUUGUUGUCCUCAAUUAUCUUUUUGGCCUUCCUGUGACAUUGGGUUCUGUAGGUGUCCUGGAGGGCAGGUAGUUUGCCCCCGGCAAUGCUUUGGGCAGACUGCACCACCCUCUGGAGAGCCCUGCGGUUAUGGGCGGUGCAGUGGCCGUACCAGACGGUGAUACAGCGAGACAGGAUGCUCUCAAUUUUGCAUCUGUAAAAGUUGGAGGGUUUUAGGUGCCAAGCCAAAUUUCUUCAGCCUCCUGAGGUUAAAGAGGUGCUGUUGCUCCUUCUUCACCACACUGUCUGUGUGUGUGUGGACCAUUUCAGUUUGUCAGUGAUGUGUACAUCAAUGAACUUGAAGCUUUCUACCUUCUCCACUGCGGUCCCGUCAAUGUGGAUAGGGUGGUGCUCCCUCUGCUGUUUCCUGAAGUCCAUGAUCAACUCCUUUGUAUUGUUGACAUUGGGUGAGAGGUUAUUUUCCUGGCACCACACUUCCAGGGCUCUCACCUCCUCCCUGUAGGCUGUCUUGUCAUUUUUGGUAAUCAGGCCUGCUACUGUUGUCAUCUGCAAGUACAGGAGGGGGCUGAGCACGCAUCCUUGUGGGGCCCCAGUGUUGAGUAUCAGCGGAGUGUAGGUGAUUUGUCCUACCUACACCACCUGGAGGGCGGCCCGUCAGGAUGUCCAGGACCAAGAUGCACAGGGCAGGGUUUAGACCCAAGAACACAAGCUUAAUGAUGAGCUUGGCGGGUACUAUGGUGUUGAAUGCUGAGCUAUUGUCCGUGAACAGCAUUCUUACAUAGGUAUUCCUCUUGUCCAGAUGUUAUGGGACAGUGCGAUGGCGAUUGCAUUGUCUGUGGAUAUAUUGGCAUGGAAGUGGGUCUAGGGUGUCAGAUAAGGUAGAGGUGAUAUGAUCCUUGACUAGUCUCUCAAAGCACUUCAUGAUGACAGAAGUGAGUGCUACGGGGUGAUAGUCAUUUAGUUUAGUUACCUUUGCUUUCUUGGGUCCAGGAACAAUGGUGGACAUCUUGAAGCGUGUGGGGACAGUAGACUGGGAUAGGGAGGGAUUGAAUAUGUCCGUAAACACUCCAGCCAUCUGGUCUUCUCUGAGUAUGCGGCUAGGGAUGCCGAAGCCUGAGAGCUAGAAGCACGGCAAUCUUCGCUGUCUGCGCCAUUUUCAAAAUUGCGACGGAUGUAGUGUACAGAGAUGACAAGUUUUGUACAGUAGUAUAGAGUGCAGUUGUGUCCUAUAAGAAGCAUUGUUGGCAAAUCUUUUUUUGUUGUUGUUUAAUUUCGUGGUAGUUGUUGUCCCCAAUUUCGUGGUUCGCCUGGGCGCGAACCCAGAGUCUCUGGUGGCACAGCCCACUGCACCACCUGGGAAGCCUCAUUGGUGGCAGAUCUGAUGGCCGAAUGGUAAAGAACAUCUAGCCGCUCGAGAUCACCCUUGCCUGCCGAUCUAUAAAUUACGUCUCCGUAGUCUAGCAUGGGUAGGAUAGUCAUCUGAAUCAGGGUUAGUUUGGCAGCUGGGGUGAAAGAUGAGCGAUUACGAUAGAUGAAACCAAGUCUAUAUAUAACCUUAGCCCGCAGCUUUGAUAUGUGCUGAGAGAAGGAGAGUGCACCAUCUAACCAUACUCCCAAGUACUUGUAUGAGGUGACUACCUCAUGCUCUAAACCCUCAGAGGUAGUAAUCAAACCCUCAGAGGUAGUAAUCACACAUUCUUCUUACCAAACCACAUGACCUUUGUUUUGGAGGCGUUCAGAACAACGUUAAAGGCAGAGAAAGUUUGUUGGACACUAAGAGAGCUUUGUUGUAGAGCGUUUAACAUUAAAUCCGGGGAGGGGCCAGCUGAGUAUAAGACUGUAUCAUCUGCAUAUAAAUGGAUGAUAGGGGCCUCCCGAGUGGCGCAUUGGUCUAGCUGUGCCACUAGAGAUCCUGGUUCGAGUCUAGGUUCUGUCGUAGCUGGCCGCAACUGGGAGACCCAUGGGGUGGCUCCCAAUUGGCCCACCGUCGUCCAGGUUAAGGGAGGGUUUGGCUGGCACACAUGUCGUUGUCCCAUCACGCUCUAGUGACUCCUGUGGAGUGCCGGGCACAUACACGCUGACACGGUCGCCAGGUGUACGGUGUUUCUUCCGACACAUUGGUGUGGAUGGCUUCCGGGUUAAGCGGACAUUGUGUCAAGAAGCAGUUCGGCUUGGUUGGGUCCUAUUUUGGAGGAUGCAUGGCUCUCGACCUUCAACCUUUUUUUUAAACAAAAAAACAACAACAAAUAUAAAUGGAUGAGAGAGCUUCCUACUGCUUGAGCUAUGUUGUUGAUGUAAAUUGAGAAGAAUGUGGGACCUACGAUCGAGCCUUGGGGUACUCCCUUGGUGACAGGCAGUGGCUGAGAUAGCAGAUGUUCUGACUUUAUACCCUACACUCUUUGAGGGAGGUAGUUAGUAAACCAGGCCAAAGACCUCUCAGAGACAUCAAUACUACUUGCCUGAACGAGAGCCAGUCAGCCUGAGUAUGCGAGUGAUUUGCCAAAUGGAAUUCUUGAGGUGGAGUAACUCUGCCAGAUCACGAUUGAUGAGCAUUUUAUGGCAUGCUCAUCAGAAAGCUUCCACCUCAUCAAUGAUACUAACCUGGUUAAGUAAAGGAAAAAAUAAAUAAACAUAUCCCACACGGGCGUCUGUCCGUUCCUUCGUGUGGUUGUGCGUGCAUGUAUGUGUGUGAGUGAAUGGCGAAGAGGCUGAGUAGAAAUAUAGAAGAGUGGUAGAGAAAGAAAGAGGGGGAGAGCUGACCGAGAGAAAGCGAGAGGGUUCCUGUCCAAAACUGCAAGAAAAAUAAGGAACAGGAACUAGGAGCAUUUCUGACUGCAGAAAAGAACAAACAAAUAUCAAAAUAGAUGUAGUAUUAAACACUCAUCAGGCUAAACAACUUAAGAAUUCUUCCCCAAGUUUAUGUGACAAAGCAAAAAACAAAUCAUGAAAGUAGGAGCAACAAUUGAAAGUAUUAUAAAAAUAGGAAGGUUGCAUGUUAAUUUGGCUAAAACAGUGAAGUUUUCUCUCUCUCUCUCUCAUACACACACACACACACACACGAUUUGACUGAUGUGCAUUCCAUUUCCAUAAAUAUUUUAUGGCAUGCUCAUCAGACAGCUUUUACCUUGUCAAGUCUUUACUGUCAAGGCACUGGAGACUUCCUCUAUUUGCAUUGCACUUGUGCUGACUGGUCAGACCAGUUUGUGUUUAAUGCCUAAGGCUUAAUGUUGACCUUUCCUAAAACUGAGAUCAACUAGGACACAGAAACACACACACACACACACACACACACACACACACACACACACACACACACACACACACACACAGAAACACACACACACACACACACACACACACAAAUACACACACACACAGAAACACACACACACACUCAGUGAAAGUGAUAUGUCCUGUUACCACAGGACCAGACUAGACAGGAAGCAACCACAAUGAUCAGUGAACUCCAUCUGCCAAGGUUCAAGGGUCAAUACAUGCCUGGAAUGGACACCUGACGGAAAAGAGGUAGAGCUUCAGCUGAUUGGAGGAGUAGAAGUUGAGCCGGAGCACGGUUCAGGCACGCCCCUUAGCCCAUGCUGCGACCAGGACUGCAGUUGUGUGUGCCACCUCCACCGGCCUGGCAUGAAGCUGAUAUGGGUUCCCAUCAACAAGGAAGAAGAGGAGGAGGAGGAGGAGGAGAUUGUUCUGGAAGAGGAAACAGAGGAGGAGGAGAGAGGAAGGGAGGGGGAGAGCGAGGUAGGGGAUGAGGAGGAGGAGGAGGAGGGGGGGAGCGGUUUGUUGAGUGAGGAACGAGCGGGGCAGAGAUUCAAGAAGGCAAAGUUUAACCAGGUUCUGGAUGUGAUGAUAGCUAAAGGGAACAGGAGAAGGUCAGACCCAGGAUCCCAGGUCAUUCUGGCCUCCUUGGCCUUAAAACGCUCCCAGUCACCCCCCAUCCCCCCUAAAAGAACCCAAUCUCCCCCAAGCCAUUUGAAUGCGUUCAUAGAGGAGGAGGACUCUAUAUAUGAAGCUACUCUACUAAUGGUGGAGCCAACACCCAGAAAGAUCUGUCAAGAACUGGACAUUAAGAAACCGGUCCGUUGGUCAAAACUGUCCUCCAGCAACUCGGAGGAAAACACUUCGAUCCAGUCCGAUUCGGACCCAUCCCAAACCCAGACUACCGAGGACGCCCCUCCGGCCAUCCCACCUCGGGUACCCCUUGCCCAGGACAAGUCCAAAACACCUGGCCACAACCUAACGCCCGUUCACAGGGGGGGUAUCGCCUUACCUCAGCCCACCGCGGAGGAGUGGUGCUCCCUGCACCCCUCAUCCCCCAACCAUUCCUCUAGCCCCAUAGUACCCCACCGGGUGGCCCCUCCACCCCCCACCAGCCCCCUGCUGCCCCACAGAGUCCCCCCACCUCAGCCCCCCAAAACGGGAAGGGACGACAGGAGACUCAGUAACAUCUCCGGCCAUUCCAUCAACCAAGCUAUAAAAGAACAAGAGGAGGAUGGACGCACUAAAGGAGAGAAGGAGGACACAGAGGAAGACUGUACGCCUGUAGCCCCACCCAGGAGAGGAUCCUAUAUUGACUGGGAGUCCAGACUGCAGGACGAGCCUCUGUACCAGACGUACCGCGCCACUGUCAUCACCAAGGAGAUCCGGCGCCAGACGGUGUGCCGCAACAUCAGCAAGACUAGUGCCGACUACCACAUGGACUGGACUGCCCGCCGUGGUGGCGUGGGCAUGGGGUCGGGUGGCGUGGGGGCGGUGGGCAGUGGUACUAUUCCAUUGCCCACCCCGGGCCAGAGCACCCUGUGGCAGGACAUACCAGGAGUACGGGACAGUGGGGUGCUGGAGACUCUCAGCCCUGAACAGUGCAAGUACCAGGAGAGUAUGUUUGAGGUGUUGACAUCGGAAGCGUCGUACCUGCGUUCCCUAAGAGUUCUCACAGAACACUUCCUGGAUUCCCGGGAUCUGGACGAAGCGCUGAUCAUCCGGGACAGGAAGACCCUCUUCUCCAAUGUCCUGCGAGUCCGGGAGGUCAGCGAGAGGUUUCUGAAGGACCUGGAGGACCGUAUGGACGAAGGUCUGGUGUUCUCCGACAUCUGUGACAUCAUCCACUACCAUGCACAGCACAACUUCCCGGCCUACAUUGACUACGUCCGCAACCAGAUCUACCAGGAGAAGACCUACACAUCCCUCAUGAAAACCAAUGUGGCGUUUGCCACGGUCAUCACCCGUCUGCAGGAGUCUCCUCAGUGCCAGCGGCUGCCAUUCAUGUCCUUCCUGCUGCUGCCCUUCCAACGAAUCACUCGCAUUAAGAUGCUCAUUGAGAACAUCCUGAAAAGAACAAAGGAGGGGACUACAGAGGAACAGACCGCCUCCAAGGCCCUGGACUCUGUUUCCAAGAUCAUAGGGGAGUGCAACACCCAAGUGGGGAAGAUGAAACAGGUUGAGGAGCUGAUCCACCUCUCCAAGACGCUGGAGUUUGACAAGCUCAAGGCCAUCCCCAUCAUCUCCCAAACCCGUUUCCUGGAGAAGCGUGGGGAGGUACAGGAGAUGGCUAAAGGGGGCAACCUCUUCAACCUGCGUCCCAAGUUCACCCCUGUCUACCUCUUCCUCUUCAACGACCUGCUCAUCAUCGCCACCAAGAAGGGUUCAGAGCGUUUCGUGGUGAUGGACCACGCCCACCGUUCCCUGGUCCAGGUUCAGCCAAUAAGAGAGGACCAGGCCCUGAGCCCUAGCUAUGAACACUGUUUCUGUCUGACUCUACUAGAGAACCACCAGGGACGCAUGAUGGAGAGGCUGAUGAAGGCCUCCUCACAGUCUGACCUGCACAGGUGGAUAGCAGCGUUCCCUAACCCUGGUAACCAUGAUGGAGAUCAGGAGGAGGUCAUCUAUGAUGACUGGGACUGUCCUCAGGUGCAGUGUGUGGAGCAGUACAUUGCUCAGCAAGCUGAUGAGCUCACCCUGGAACCCACGGAGAUCAUCAACGUGGUGCGCAAGACCAACGAGGGUUUGUACGAGGGGAUCCGUCUCUCCGACGGACAGAAGGGUUGGUUCCCCGUGGAGAAUGUUUUAGAGAUCACCAACGAGCAUGUGCGGCGACGGAACCUUCGGGAGCGCUACCGGGUCUUUCAGGCCGCCAGCAUCGUCACCAACAAGGUCAAGACCCUUCCAUAAUGUUGACGGAACGUCAAGGGAACAUUCCAGAAUAGUAAAGACCAUGCCUUGAGGUCACCUUAAUGGUGACAGAACAUCAGGAGAACGUCAUUUGAACGUUGACAAAAUGUCACAGAACAUUUCACUGGAUAGGGGAGAGUGAACCAGUGCCUGGUCUGCAUGCUCCCCUGAAUAACACUUAGCUGUAUAUAGCGCUUCUCAGAAAUCUCAUAUCUCACUGUGGGUUUUGACUAGAGGCGGCUUGACAUUUGCAUAAAGUAGAGAUCGUUUUUUUUUCUCUACCUGCCCACGAGCAGGGUUCUCGCCGUUCACCUUCCCACAGUUCCCCACACAUUUCUCUGCGUGCCCUCGUUGAAAAUGAAUGGGGCAGAACUUGCGGAAUUCAUUGUUUGUGAAAACCCUUACGUUAUCAUAUCAUGCAAUUAAGCAUGUUUUCAUUUUGUACAAAUUACUAAUUUGUUGGAAGUUAUGGGGGAAUGUUUGUUUUUUUAGGGAGCUUUAAAGAACCAGGAAAUGAAAAAUAUGGUAGGAGAAUGAUGUACUAAUUUAUUACAGGCAAACAAAAAUGGACUCCUCUCUUUAAUGUUGAGUAUGUAUUUGAGUGAGAGUGUAUAGUAUGAGUGAGAGUGUAUGUUUGUGUGUGUGUGCGAACCUGCACCUAACCCCACACACUGCCAUAGGAAAGCUCCAGUUCAAUAGUUCCCCUGCAUCAAUGUCAGUCAGGUAUACCAUACCAGUUUGCACGUAUCAGAUGGUAUAUCAAGUAUAGAUCCAACUCUGAAGUGCCUUCCAAUGGAUUGUACUCGAAGCACAAGUCCUACAGCUGUUGCAUCGUCGUCACUACAGGGUUGAAUACAUUUGACUGCCAUUUCUGGACACACAAAAAAGUCAUAGCCAAGUCGUAAACAUAAUGUCAAGACCACAAAACCUGGUUGUUUGUGAUGUACAGUAGUAAUAUUGGUAACAUGGAGCUCUAGUGAAUCCAUACUGUUAUGAUAUCAACAGGUCUCUAUUACUUCUUUAUACAACGGGUGGGUCUAAUACUGAAUGCUGAUUGGUUAAAACCACAUUCCAUUCCGUUUGUUUGAGUGAGUGGGUUUACUCUGGUUCAAGAUCAGUGUUCUUAUUAAAACUCGAUCAUGUUUUUCAA